AUGGCGGGAGCCUCCGACCCACUGGAGGACAUGCUCUUCAAUGAGGUGGACGAGAAGGCGGUGAGCGACCUGGUCGGUUCUCUGGAGUCUCAGCUAGAGUCUCAGAAGCCUCCCGCGCCUCCGUUUUCCGCCGGGAAACGAGACGCGGCUCCGUCGGCCGCGGGCCACUUCUCAGGGAAAGUGCGCGGAGCGGAGUCCGCGGAGCAGCCGCAACAAGGACAUCCCGGAGCGGGGCUGACCCCGGAGCCCGCCGCAAGCGAGCCGCCGUCCGCCGCACCGCUGCCCUCGUCUACCUCCGCCGGGCCCGCGGGAGCCAGCCUGGCCGCGGUCGGACCGCCUCCGCCCGCCGGUUCUCCGGGACCGGGACCUCUCGGCGCUCCGGCCGCCGGCGCUAGCUUCCCCCGGGCUGCGGUCCCGGGUCCGAGCGCUGCGGAGGCGGUCAGGAGCUCUCCCCCCGGACUGCAGAGCGUGAACGGCGGUACCGGAGCCACCAAGUUGGUGAGCUCUCCCGGUGUUCCUGCGACCGCCGGGGCUGGCCCCGCGACUUCACAGCCCGGCUUCCCCGUACCUCAGCCCUCCGGGGGCUCCCCCUCCGCGGUCCUGCAGAGGCUCCCCAGCCCGGCGGCCCAGAACGGGCUCGACCCGCAGGGCGGUCCGCCGGCAGCCCCCGCCUCUCAGGUCGUGAACCACAGCAGCCCUCUCAUGCACACCAAGGCCCCCAUCAGCCACCCUCAGACCGGGACCAGCACGUCACCCUCCGCCGGGGCUAAGCCCGCAGUCAACGGGGUGUCCCAGCCCGCUGUGGCCGUGGUGAGGCCUCCCGUACCGGCCGUGGUGGCCACCUCCAUCCCGCAGCAGAGACCCGGGCUGGUGGCCGCCACCACCCGGGUCGCUACUUCGCAACCCUCGCUGGCUGUCCGGCCCCAGCAGCAGACCACCAUCCAGCUGCCCCAGGGCUUCACCAUGCCCCAAGGUAUGGUUCUGGUCCGGACUGAGACAGGUCAGCUGGUCAUGGUCCCCCAGCAGGUCCUUGCUCAAGCUCAGGCUAAGACGCAGCAGAGCCAGGCGGUGACGAGCAUCACGCAGAGACCCGCCACGCCAACGGCCGGCGCCACCAUCCGGGUGAGCACUGCCCCCACGGCUCCGGGCACCCCUCAGACCGUCCGCCUGGCCACGCCCACUCAGACCAGAAUGAUUCAGCCUCCCUCCACGACCGCCGCAGUGCAGAAGGCGCUUGCAGUGGCACCUGGUGUCACGCCGGUUUCGGUGAAGAUGACGACCCCCCAGAAGACGCCGACGGUGAUCACGACGGGGGGGACGCCUGUCGCCAAACCUGCCGGCGUGCCGUCCACCCCCAUGACCGGCACACCGGCGCCUGCAGCUUCGGCCGCCGCCAGAGUUACCGUUGUGUCCCAGGAAAUGCAGGAAAACGUGAAGAAAUGCAAGAACUUCCUCGCCACACUCAUCAAGCUGGCGUCCCACAACUCACCCUCGCCGGAUACCUCCAAGAACGUGAAAGCCCUGGUGCAGGAUCUGCUCGACGCCAAGAUCGAGCCCGAGGAGUUCACCACUCGGCUGCAGGCUGAGCUGAAGUCCUCCCCACAGCCCUACCUCAUCCCCUUCCUCAAGAAAAGCCUCCCCGCUCUGCGGCAGACGCUGCUCAACAGCCAGCAGUCUCUGAUGACUGCACCCCCCAGCGCCGUGGUCACACCUCCAGCCACCCCUGGCUCCGUCACCGCCACCACCAUCAGGCCGCGGCUGCCCGUCAGCCCAGCCGGCGGCACCGUCCGUCUGAAUGCACCCAUCGGCACGGCGGCUCUGCCUGUGUGCAGACCUGGAGUGCAGACCGUGCAGACUCGGGCGCCGAUUGUCUUCAGACCUCAGGCUACGCUGCAGGUGAGAGGACCCACAACCAUCAUCAGCAAAAGCCCCGUGAACCUUGCAGCUCAGGCCAAUCAAAAGAAGCUGAGCGAUCCGGGGGGCGGGACGUUCAGAGAUGACGACGACAUCAACGACGUGGCUUCGAUGGCUGGCGUCAACCUCAACGAGGAGAACGCCCGAAUCCUCGCCACCAGCUCGGAGCUCGUGGGGACGAAGAUCCGCUCGUGUAAAGACGAGUCCUUCCUGCCGAGCGGCCUGCUGCUCCGCCGCAUCCUGGACACAGCUAAGAAGUUCGGCGUCAGCGAGGUCCCGCCAGAAGUGGUGAACCUGGUUUCCCACGCCACGCAGUCCAGGCUGCGCACCCUGCUGGAGAAGGUUUCGGCCAUCGCGCAGCACCGCACGGACGGCGGGAAGGAUGAAGAGCGCUACGAGCAGACGUCGGACGUUCGCUCUCAGCUGCGUUUCUUCGAGCAGUUGGAGCGUUUGGAGAAACAGAGGAAAGACGAGCAGGAGAGAGAGAUGCUGCUGAAGGCCGCCAAGAGUCGUGCCAGACAAGAGGAUCCUGAACAGGCUCGACUCAAGCAGAAGGCUAAAGAGAUGCAGCAGCAGGAGCUCGCUCAGAUGCGACAGAGAGACGCCAACCUCACUGCGCUCGCCGCCAUCGGCCCGCGUAAGAAACGCAAGCUGGACUCACCGGGCGGAGCUGGCACCGAGGUGUCCUCGGGCUCGGCUGCCGGCCCCUCCGUGGCCGGCUCCUCCCGCCAGCAGCCCCGCCAACGGAUCACGCGAGUUAACCUCAGGGACUUAAUCUUCUGUAUGGAGCACGAUCGGCCCACAGCCCGCUCUCUGAUACUCUACAAGGCUCUGCUGAAGUGAGGAGGGAGCUGCCGCCGCCACAGUCCCCCUUCGCCUCCAGUCCUUCAGGGGAGGUGUUUGAUUCUAGUCUUCAGUCCUUACAGCACCUUUUAACGCUCAGCUCUGCUUUUACGAUUAUUUUUAGAAAAGGACGUCCCGCCUCAGCUCACCCUUCCGUUAGCGGAGCACUCCACGGCUCUUAUCCAGAUCAGACCAAUCAGAAACCAGAUCCAAACACAGGCUGAUUGGACAGAUUCUAAUUGGCUGAAAGGCUGGUCUGUUUUGGUGCUCGGCUGCUUGUUGAUGCGGUUUAAAACAGGGUGUGAAACAUGGCCUGGGUUACGCUAUCGAAGCUGUGGCCACGCCCACCCCUGUAGGUGAGUCCAGCAGUGAUGUCUGGAACAAACUGCUGUUGAAUACUGUUUUAAGUCAUGUGACCAGGAAAUAAACUGCCUUAUUAAGUCCGCCCGCUCCAUUACCCACGAUCCAGCUGGACCUCGAGGAGCUGUGUGGGAGAUCUUUGUGUCUUUAGCUGCCGACUUGAGGAACAUCACCUGUAAUUAUUCUGUUAAUUACUCGUUUGAGCAAAUACUACUUCAGCGUGGAGUUCCUAAGGGCGCUGUUUUGGGUCCUUUCGUUCUUCGCCAAUGUUUUCGAAUAAUGCUAUGAUUUCUCUUCCUCUUAGAAACCUUUCGUCCACAGCUCCUCCUCCGCUGCAACUCCGCUCAAUUAGUCCGCCGAUCAACACUUGAAGCGCCUCCCGCGGUUUCAUGUGAAGUGUUCCUGUGACGCCAUAUAAAGCAAGCUGAGCUGACGGGCGUGCAGCGUGACACUCAGCUUCUUCUGUGAGAUGAGGUGGCGAGCGCCUCCAGACUCCAGCGCUGUACCUGAACAGGUGCCUUUGAGUCGAAACUUUCCCGACCUCUCGUUUAGAUUUCCUGUCAGCCCACUCAGGACGCCGGGCUCGCAGGCUCAUCGUUUUGUUUUGAAAGUUUUCUGAUCGCACUCAGAUCCUUCGGCUCAGUUCCGUCACGUGAUGGGAGGAGCUUCUUUUCACGAUGUCGUGUUCAUCAAAGGAACAGUUUAACAUUCAGACAAAUCUGUGUGAGAGCCGGACGGUUAGAUCGGUGAAGCUGUGGCGUUUUCGGGCGAAUCAAACACAAAACGCAGCAAGUGUUUCCUCUGAUUUCACAACCUGACAAGUUUUUAUCGAUCAGAAAAAUCAACCUCCAGCUUCAGUCCCGACUUUCAGUUUGUUUUGAUUAACCAGCUCUUUUCUCCGAUAAUGAAAUUACAAAUAUCCUGUUAACGCAGACUGAUGCCCUGGUAACCACCGGUUGUCCUUGUGAUCGCCUGCUGAACACGCCGCUUGUCUGCAAACACUCGCUAAAAUCUUGUUGCCUGCGACGACAAAGCUUUUACUUUGAAGGCGAACUAUUACCACUUCCUGCGUGGUUUCCCUGCAGUUUGGAAAACAUCGGCCGCGCGAUCACGAUUUAUUUAUUUUCCCUAGCAACUGUGGUUACCGUGGCAUAACUGUAGCCUAAAAUUCCAACUUUGUAAAAGUUUGAGGAACAAAAACAUUUUUCCUCAUGAAGUUGUUUCUUUAGAAAAACAGUCGACGUCAGACUGAGGCGUCUCAACAGAUUUGGAUGUUGAUGAUGAGUGGCUUCAUUGGAAGGGGGCGGGGUCUGAACGUCACGACUCUCAGCAGGUAAACUGACA